GGCUUUGAUUUCAAAUUAAGUACAGAGAAAUGUUUCAUCGACGAAAUUGAUAAUUUGGUAAGCAUAGAUUACUGUUCGGAAGAAGAUGAAGUUGAUAACACUGUUAAUCAUCAGGGAGUGUGCACAGAGGAAGAUGGAAAAGUGUAUACUUGCGAACACGGUCAUUGGUCGGGAACCGAUAGCUCUGUCGCAACAUUAAACAGAAGAAAGCGGUUCUUUUGGCUUAUUAUCCCGGUGGUGAUUUGCGGGUUUUUCUGUAGAAGGAGACGAGGGGGAGGUGUGAGGACAAUGACCAGGUAUCCGCCUACAUUCCCAGUACCAUGUACACCAAACGAUAUCCAAAGUAAUUACAACAUUGGUUCCGGAGAGGACAGCGUUGUUGUUAGCUGGACCGUGCCAAAAGCCUCGGAUAGAAACGGAGGCACACCAAGUACAGUGUUACACAAGUUGGUGGUGGUAGAAAUGGAGGUCGGUUUGAUGGAGCUACUUAUGGAAAGACGCAAUAUAUUACUUAUAAAGCUACCGACUCGGACGGCCUUACUGGACAUUGUUAUUUUUCCUUCACUGUCAUUGAAUUAACUUGUAACUCCCCGUCGUGGCCUCCAAAUGGCGCACGGACGUGCGACAAGAAGUAUAUUCUCGGAAGUUCAUGUCAUUAUACAUGCAAUACUGGGUACAGCUGACCGGAAGUAGUACAGUCACUUGUAAAUAUGCAGCAUCGCCAUCAUGGUCAGCUAUUCCAACUUGUGAAAAAAUCACCUGCAGUGAGCCAAACUAUCCUGAGCAUACAACGGCACAGUGUUCGGAUCCAGACUACGGCUACUUGUCGGUAUGUUCAAUGAAAUGUGACGUAGGGUACACCCUGAAAGGAGCUUACUUUAUGCAAUGCCAGGCAGACCGUACAUGGUCAAACGUUGGAGCUACAUCAUGCGUUGAUGAUUCGCCGCCGACUAUUUCGUGCGUAACUCCGCAGAUUUUUUACGCCGACCGAGGUUUGACGACAACAUCAGUUACCUGGCAACUUCCUACAGCGUCUGACGCCACAGACGACAAUUCUUCCAUUGUACAAACUUUUGGCCCAACAAUUGGAGCAGUUCUUGAAGUGGGAACAGAAAUAGUAAAAUAUAAGGCAGUUGAUGAAGAUGGAAGCAAAUCUCAAGAAUGUUUUAUCCAGCUUCAGGUUGAAGUUAGGCAAUGCAUUUUAAGCAACCCAUUUUUAAUGAUACUUUGGAUCAAUAUUUAAAGUUGCCAUG